UAUAAAUUGUUAUCUAACGUGGAUGAAAGGGCCAUUCAAGAAGCACCUCCAAUUAUUAAAGAGACUCCUGUUAUAAUUGAAGAUACUGAAAAGAUUAACUCUUUAAUGGCUGAAGUCAAUAGUUUGAGGAAACCACCAGACCGAAGCAGCGUUCUGGCUCGACUCAAACUGCAGAACUUGAGUACUUAUGUUGAGAAGAAUCAGCUCCGACCCAUGUCCAAUCCGCCACAUCGACCACCAGCAAAACCGCCGCAUCACAGCCGUCACAUUGGACUCAAGGAAUUGCAUGUAGAUGGGGUUCAGUUCAGGUUUUGCCACAAAUCUUAUGCUGUAGAGGAUAAAGACCAAAAGUUCAUAACAAAAUCUUAUGCAUGUGGUGAUGGACGCCCAUUUGGUCCAGUCAUUGUUCGAAAUGAUGAAGUAGUUGUAAGCUUUCAUAACAUGGUUUUAAGAAACAAAGAUCCCACUGCUCAUGCUGAGAUUAUUCCUAUAAGAGAGGCUUGUCAAAAGCUGGAUCAAAUUUACCUUACCGACUGUGGAAUCUAUAUGCUUCUUGUGAACCUUGUAUAAUGUGCUUUGGUGCCAU